UGCUGCUGCCCGGGUUUGCAGAUGGUCUCUACCCCUCCUCCCGGACCCACCCCCUCCCGCAGCUGAGCUCUGCCUCUCUCCCAGAGCCCUUCGCCUGAGUGCGCGGAGAGAGCUCACAGAGGGGUAUGGAGGACGAGAGGCAGUGGCAGGUGCAAAUGGGACUGAGCCCCAGGCGCCGGCCAGCUCCCCGUCUCCAACCUCUAGACUCCUUCUCUAGCCCUCCUAGCUGGUCCUGAGCCUGCGGGUGACGUUGCCGCGCCGCCAGAGACACAAAGGCGAGCAGUGGAGGCAGUGGCGUUGGUGGAGGCAGGCGCCAGGCUGCAGGAGGCAGUCCUGAGUCGAGCAGCGGGAGCCGCCGCCCGACAGGUCCGGAGCCUUCCCGGGGCUGCCCGCAGCGAGCCUAGCGAGCCCGAGCACCAUGGGAGCUCGCGCAGCCCUCCCGCCCCCCCGACUCCAGUCCCGGCCCGCCCCCUCCCCGGGAAGUCUCUCCUGCUGCAGAUGAGCCUGACCUGGGCCAGCCCAGCUCCAGACAAAACCAGGUGGGGAGCAGCGCAGGUGAGGAAGGCGAGUGCCUGGAGCCUGGCAGCGGUGGCAGCAACUGCUACGGAGAGGGCGUGUGGGAGGGAGAGGAAAGGACCUGGGCUAGUCCGGGCUCUGAAGGAGGCAGGAGGAGGUGAGGCACUUGGGGCUGUCCCGAAACCCUAUCCAGGGGCCGGCUUGGCGGGAGGGAGUCAGGCAGAGGUUUGGUGAUGCCUGGGACCCGCAGCUGCUCCGCAUCUGUCAGGGUUCCCGGAGGAUGUAAAGAAUCCAAGAGGGCGACAGUUCAUUGGACCAGAAGUCAGGAGACUUGAUUUCUAUUUUUGGUUCUGCCACAAUUUAGCUGGAUAACAUUGGGCAAGUUCCUUCCCUUCUCUUUCCUCUCCUGGAUUCUCAGUGGGUGAAACUAAAUGUUCUCUGUGGCCCUUUCCACCUCUAAUGUUUGAUGGAUGUACGAACACCUCCAUCUCUUGCUUUGGGAACUGACCUGCAAUUUUCAGUGUAGACAGUGAACUUGAAUCAAUUCAAAUCAUGGAGACUAACCAGGAAUCAUCUCUCUUCUUAGUGAAGAUCUUGGAGGAGCUAGACACCAAACAGAAUACAGUUUCUUACCAGGACCUUUGCAAAUCAUUGUGUGCUCGGUUCGAUUUAUCUCAGCUAGCCAAGUUGAGAAGUGUUCUGUUUUAUACAGCUUGUCUUGAUCCGAAUUUUCCAGCAACUCUAUUCAAAGACAAAAUGAGAUGCACUGUGAACAAUCAGCAAUCAAAGAAAAUCAUGGUGGCUGCAGAUAUAGUAACAAUAUUCAACCUGAUCCAAAUGAAUGGGGGUGCAGCAAAGGAAAAAUUGCCUGCAGCACGCCAGAAAGUUAGGAAGAAUGAAUCGUUUGAAUCAUGCAGGUCUGACACUGAGAUAUGCAAUGUGAUAGACUGUGUGCCUCCUAAUUGUGAGCCAAGAGAUAGAGAAUUUAACCGGGGCUAUUCAGCAAGAAGAUCUGUGAAGUGUAGAAAGAUGGACUGCAAAGACUGCCAACAGUUUGUACCUGCCUCAGAGCCGAACUUUUUGUUGGGAGUUAAUAAGGAGACAAAAAGCCGGGCGGCUUCCCUUGACAGGCUACAAGCCCUAGCAUCCUACUCCAUUGCCAAUUCUCAACCAUGUGAAAUGCAGAGCACUUAUUUUCCCAUGAACAUUGAGAACGAGUCUAUAUCAGAUCAAGACUCCUUGUCCAUGAACCCAGGGAUCAAAGAAACAUUCAUUUCCAAUGAGGAGCCUUUUGUGGUCCAGUCCUGUGUGCAGAAGAGAAACAUUUUUAAAGAAGAUUUUCAUAAUCUGAUCACAGUGUCACCGAGUUUAGUGCCCCCUGGCAAGAAAGCAGAUGAUGUGCUUGGGGAGCCACAGACCAGAAAAGAGACACAUAAGCCAGUCUUCUUUAAUCACAGCUUUGAAAUGCCAUACAAUAGCCAGUAUUUAAAUCCUGUUUACUCUCCUAUCCCUGACAAGAGACGGGCAAAGCAUGAGAGCUUGGAUGAUCUCCAAGCUUCCACAUAUUUCGGACCCACUACAGUUCUAGGGACCCAAGAAGCGAAGAGGUGGUCAGGGAGGCCAAGCAAGCAGACUGCCUGGCCAGCUAAGAGCUGGAGCUUAAACACAGAAGAAGUUCCUGACUUUGAAAGGUCUUUUUUCAAUAGAAACCCAACUGAAGAGAAACAUCGAUAUCAGGGUUCAAGCAAUCAAGCUUCCAAUUUUUCAGCCCCAGACAGGCACCAGACAUACCUAAAUCCAAAAGAUCAACAAGCAAUUAUCCCCACAAGCUAUGCAGUGAAGCAAAAUAUUCACAAGCAGAAAGAGAUUCCCUCUCCCAUUGAGAUAGAGAAACAUGAGCCGAUGAAAAAGUUUAAAGAUAAAAGCAUUAACUGUACAACAGUUCAGAUGAGCAUUGACAAAACGAGCAGUGUGGGGACUCAAACUGAGCAGCACAUUCUGGAGCUCAAGAAAUGUAAGGAUCUCUGUAUCCCCAGCCAGGGGAAGUAUGGUGAAAGACAUUCAGUCAAGCAGUCAGAUGAGGACUCGGAAGUCGUCAGUGAUGACAUCAGUGACAUUUUUCGGUUUCUGGAUGACAUGAGCAUCUGUGGUUCCACAGGAGUGAUACAGUCCUCUUGUUACAACAGCACUGGGUCCUUAUCUCAACUGAAUAAAUCUGAUGGUGACAGCUCGCCCGAGCACAACCUAGCCAAAAUUGCCAACGGGAACACUGGCAAUAAGAUAGACAAGGGGGUCCGAUCUGAAAAGGACAAUCCUGAAGAUGAGUUGAAGACAAGUGUGUGCAAACUAGUACUUAGGAUUGGUGAGAUAGAAAGAAAACUGGAAUCUUUGUCAGGGGUUCGAGAAGAAAUCUCCCAAGUUUUGGGCAAAUUAAACAGGUUGGAUCAAAAGAUACAGCAACCUGAGAAAGUCAGUGUACAAAUCGAUCUGAAUUCCUUAACAAGUGAGAUUCCAUCUGAUGAUAGCACCUCUCCCCGAAUAUUCCAUCCUCACAACGGCUCACAUGGAAGCAAGUUAGAAAACAGUCCGGACUGGUGCUGUUCUGAUGCUAGUGGAAGCAACAGUGAAAGUCUCAGAGUCAAGGCCUUAAAAAAGAGUCUGUUUACCAGAAGGUCCUCAAGGUCGCUGACUGAGGAGAAUAGUGCUACUGAGUCCAAAAUAGCAAGUAUUUCCAAUUCUCCCAGAGACUGGAGGGCGAUCACUUACACCAAUGAGGUUGGCCUCAAUGAAGAAGAGAUGAAAGAGAGAGGGGCUGCAGAAAAUAAGGACUGGCACAGAAAAUCAAAAGAGGCAGACAGACAAUAUGAAAUUCCUCAGCCCCACCGAAUAGCUAAGCAGCCGAAAGAUGGUUUCUUGGUUGAACAAGUCUUCAGUCCUCACCCGUACCCUGCAUCACUCAAGUCACACAUGAAAAGUAACCCAAUGUACACAGACAUGAGGCUGACAGAAAUGGCUGAAGUAAAACGAGUUCAGCCUUCUUGGACCAUAGAAGAAUACGCAAGGAACUCUGGGGAAAAGGGCAAGCUGACGGCUCUGGAUCUUCAGACUCAAGAAUCUUUAAACCCAAAUAAUUUAGAAUACUGGAUGGAAGAUAUUUAUACUCCAGGCUAUGAUUCAUUAUUAAAACGUAAAGAGGCUGAGUUCCGAAGAGCAAAAGUCUGCAAGAUUGCUGCCUUGAUUGCGGCCGCUACUUGCACGGUCAUCUUGGUCAUUGUAGUACCCAUUUGUACAAUGAAGUCAUGACUCUAUAAAGAGGACCAAGUACAUUGGACUGUUUCUGCUGAAUAUAAUUCCAGAUAUCUCCUCUGGUAUUUUCACAUCUUGUGAUAAAAUACUAACAAUUUGUUGGAGUAAACGUGAUAUGAUGGUUUUUCUGUAAAUGAUGAAGAUAAUUUUCCAAAAAAGCGUCUACUUUUAGAAAGAAAUAUGCCUAUUCAAGUCAACUCAGUCAAAAUUUUUAUGCAUUUUAGAAGUGCAAUAUUUUCCUACCAAAACAAUGCAACAUUUUAGCAGUGACACUAAUUGAAAUCAAAGCAAAAAAAAGGAAAGAAAGAAAAAAGUGUGCAUUUGCCUCUUGUGACAUUUUUAUGAGAACGGGCAGUGGCAAUUAUGUUAUAAUAAAGAUAUUUGAUAUACAUCUCCUUGGGGAGGUGGGGAGAUAUUAAAAUAUAAAGAAACAUGAAUGUAGUAUAUUUUUACUUAGUCAUAUAUUCCUUGAUUAUCCAAUAGAAGCAGGUCAUGUAUCCUUAAAAGGACUUUAUUUCCAUACUGAAAUUUCUAAUGGGCUCUUAGUUAUUCAUUCUUGCCCUUCUACCUUCAUUGCCAUCCAUGUGCAAAUCCUUUUCCAUUUGGCAGAUCUCCACUUUAUUACACUGUGUACCCCUCUUGCUUCUGCUCAUUAUUGAUUUGCAAGAAGGAGGAAUAGGUCAAUUCAAUCAGGGUCUGGCAGGAAAAUUUGCUCUGGAAACUUACUUGACUAAAGCAUCAAACACAAUAGACUUACAGUCUCCCCCAUCCCAUCACACACACACAUGUGCACACACAUGCACAAACACACAUUCAAAAAUUGUGUUUAAUAAUAUAUAAAAUGCUUAGACUAUUUUUGUUUUUUAAAGAAAAGGAACAUUUAAAAAUCAUGGAUACCAAAAGAUAAAAUUCCUUUAUUUGUAGGGGCAAUGAGCAUCGAUCUUGAUAAUGGUCUUCCUAUUUGUACCCAUGGCACUAUUUUCUUUACUAAUAUAAUCUAGGGAGGUUGAAUCAUGUCUUUCUGCCUCAAAGGAGAGAGAGAUAAGUUCAUUUCUGAUAUUUUAACCACAUAAUAUGCAUUAUGAAUCUUGGUAGUUUAAAUUGCUUUCAUCUUGUUUUCAGUGCUUUAAUGAUAUACUUCUUUAACUGGAUACUGCGGUUCUAAAGUCCCUUCCCCUUUCCCUCUUGUAAUUUUUGGAGAUAUGCUUACAGUGCAUUAUAUUUUUGGAUAGUUUACUUGAAAAGUAUCAUAGCUCCAAUAUACAAAAAGCUCCAAUCAGUAUUUUAUCUUUGUUAUAAUUUGGUGAACAAUUUGACAAUCUUACUGAAACAAUGACCUUUCUACAAUUUUGAUUUCAAGUUAUAUAGGUUAAAGGGAAACAAAGAUCGACAGAAGUGUUAAAAAUGGUUCUGUCCAAUUGUGAUAGAUUCUUACAAUUCUUUUUUGGUGAGGGGGAAGAUUAUCAGUUUGUAUCAAUAUUAACCUAAUCACUCAUCUUAUUAAAAACUCCAGAGUAAUUAUAUAUAAUUUCAUGUGUUUAAUUGCAUCUCCUGGAUAAGCAUUAUGUAGGAUAGGAAGGUGCUCAGUAAAUUUUAAAUUAGUCCAUUGACACAUUUGAAACUGGCUUAUUUAUUCAUGGUUAAACUUUAGUUCAAGAAAAAGCCAUGUUAACUUUGUUUGCAAAGUCAUAUUCAUGGGCUUUAAGUUAUGAUAUUUAAAUCUUCAUGUACAAAGAUAGGGAUUUAUGAAUUAAAAUUGAAAAGGAUAAAAGUUCUGUCUAUAGAUAUAAAUUUCCUGGUUAUUUUUAAUGCAUCUCAUCAGUCUGAAAGCUGGAGUAUUUUAGAUUGAUCUGGACACAAUGGACACUUUUGCCCCACUCCAACCAAGUGUAUCAGCUCCUGUUGAGAUGCAGAAAUAGAAAUGAACCACCCUCCUCACUCAGUCUUAGCCUCAAUCCCAUAAUUCUUUCCUUCAUGUGAAACAAAGCCAGCAUGGGGACUAGAAUAGCCAAAAUACUGCAUUCUUGUUCUGUGGCUUUCAAUUGAGGAGAAAAGGUUACACAAAUUUGCCAGGGCCAUUUUUAUCUCUCCUUGCCCAGGUGUAAGGUCAAUAGGAAAGAUGCUAUCACUUUUUUCCUAGAAAUCCUGAUCUCUUUUUGUCCCUUCUUUGGAGUUGUCUAAAACCUAUAUACACAGAACAGUGGGACCAUGUCUCUUAUUUAGAGGCAUAAGAGUCUGUGAGAACAUGUGUCUUCUCAUGUGUGUUUGCCAUGAGAGAAGUUAGAGAAAACUGGGCUGAUUAUUUACUUUCACUGCAACCUCAGAAAAUAAAACAAGUGUCAUUGAUAAAUAAUAGACAAUUUCACAUGUGUUAGUCUGAUUUCAUAGAUUUAUAGCUUUUGGGGGACCCUGGAAACCAUCUUUACCUUCAUUUUGCCAUUGAAGAAAAUGAAACCUAGAAAAGACCUGAAUUACUCAAAGUCACAAUAAAAUCCGGAGCUAAGAUUUGAAUUGACAUUCUUUGAUUCCAAAUUCAGACUCUUCACUGAUCCACAGCAUAAGGGUGAGUAAUGUGGAGGAAUAAAAAGGAGGAGAAAGAUUUCCACAAAGUUCAAAGCCCUUUGGGAUCAUUGGGAUCAUUCCAGAUCAACCUGACAAAUAUCACCAAAGCAAUUUUAUUUUUGGUCAGGAGGUUAUUACAUUGAGAGACCCAUGCUAAUCUUUGUUACUGCAAAGAAGAGAGCACAGUGUCUAUAAAUAAUGGCUUCUAGGAAUUUGGAAUCUAGAGAAGAUGAGGUAAGGGAUCUGUUUCUAUCUCUCCUCAGACACAAAGCUUUCUCCUACCUCUACAUUUCUUGGCUUGUGAACUCUCCCUAGUUCUCCCACAUUUCUUCAUUUGCAGGAGAGUGAUGCCAGGACUCCUUAGUCCUGUACAACACCACUGAAACCCAUUCAGCAUCUCUGAACUAGGAUGCUCUCUCGAGUGGCUACACAGCAAGUUGCUCUCCUUUGCCGUUCCUGCAUAGCAGGAAUAUAGCUAUACUCUCUGGCAUUUUUUCUAAAUAAUACAGUAAGUUCAUUGUGCCUGAGGACUGAUAUCCUCAUAGCAAAAUUCAUGUAAUUCUGACCUCUCUGAAUAUUGGGUCACCCUUUUUGGAUGUGUAUGUGUUAAGUGUUUUAAAUAAAUAUUCAGAUGCAAUUGUAUGAGAAAUAUAUGCUAAAAUAAGUUAUUCUUAGCCAACAACUAAAUUUAUAAUCAUUUUAUCUUUCUUUGUAGAUCUAAUUUUGAUUUCAGCUGGUUUUUUAAAACAGCCUUGCAGAUAAGCAGAAAAUAUUAACAACUCACAAUUUUAAAAUAUUCUUUUUGUCCUCCUUACCUGUACUCUCCUCAUUUAGACUACACAAUCUGUAUAACAAAUUGUAAUAGAUGAAAUUUGGCACCCUUCCUUACUAGCUGGUCAUAAAUUAUUAUUAGUAGUUCAGGGCAUGCUGCUAUCUGACUUUCUGCAAGGCUAGUUUAAUAAGUGUGUUUCAAUCCCUAACCUACAUGUUUCAUGGCUUACUGGUAGCAGACUCCAACAAGCAAGUAUUCUGUGAAGUGGUGCAAUAAUUCAUGAAUGUUGGAGUCCUGCAUAUGACACAUAGUAGGUUCCUUGUUGACAAAACCAACCUACAAGAAUAUUGUGGUCAAAUCUUGUGAACUAAUUACCAAACCAGUAUAUAAUGUAUAUUGUACUUUGGAAACUUGUAUAAAAAUGAAAAGAUGUACGUAAUCUUUGGUGUGAUUGGAAAAAUGUAUUAGACAAUAUUUAAUAUUUAAGUAACAAUGAAAAAUGCAAUGAACUGUUUUUUUCUUAUGCCUUAUAAACAAACAUAUAUAAAGAAUAAAAUGGGCUUAUAAGAAUGAGGAUUAUUAAGGAAUGUACAACCUUUGGGAGGCAAAGACUGUGUCUUUUAUAUGUUAUAUACAGCACUAGGCACACUCUCAGUGCUUAAUAAAUGUUAUAUAAUACCAAUAACUGAGCACAUUUUUAGACCUUUUUCUUUCCAAAUGGCGAGUAUAAAAUUUCACUAAUAUACAAUAUUUGGUUUGAAGUUUUCAUGUAAAAGUUGCUUCUCAAAAUAAAAUAGCAAACAAACUUGACAAUUACAAAGAUUUUCCAGUGAGGAAUUAAUACGCACAUAUUUUAUUAUUUCAUAGCUUUCUUUUCCCCGAGGACAAUAAGAUAUCCUCUUGGUUGGGUAAAUAAAUAACCUAUAUGGUUUUGUCAGGAAUUUGGCCAACGCUCAUGUUUCUGAAAUAAUGAGGAACAUAAUGAAAAGAGAAUUAAUAAAACUUUUUGCUUUAUAUUC